AUGUUGGGUGUCAAACUACCACUAACAGUACAGUUAGAAAUCAACGUGCUUCUGGUUGCAGUAACAGUUUUCAGUUUUCUGACCAGAUUGUACGGAAUACAGUUCCCCAGAGCUGUGGUGUUUGAUGAAGUUUACUAUGGUCAGUUUGUAUCUCUGUACAUGAAGAGGGUGUUUUUUAUUGAUGAGAGUGGACCACCGUUGGGGCACAUGAUUCUGGCAUUGGGAGCCUACCUGGGAGGCUUUGAUGGCAAUUUUGUCUGGAACAGAAUCGGAGCAGAAUACACCAGUAAUGUUCCUGUACUGGCCCUCAGAAUAAUACCUGCUUUAGCUGGGUCACUUUGUGUGCCCCUCGGUUACCUUCUUUUGGUGGAUCUCGGAUAUUCUCAUCUCGCUGCGCUUGGAGCUGCCAUUCUGCUUAUCAUGGAGAACUCGUUGAUUGUGCAGUCACGUUUCAUGCUGCUGGAGUCAGUGCUGAUCUUUUUUCUACUGCUUGCUGUUGUGUCUUACCUGCGCUUCCACAAUGCAUCAAACAGUUCUGUAAGCAGAUGGUUGUGGCUCAUCCUCUGUGGAGCUAGUUGUGCAUUUGCAGUGGGAGUGAAGUACAUGGGUCUCUUCACCUACCUGCUGCUCCUCAGUCUGGCAGCAGUUCACACCUGGAAAGUCAUUGGUGAUAAAACACUAAGCAAUGGUAAAGUUUUAGUGCAGGUUGUGGCCCGUUUCCUGGCACUUGUGGUGCUCCCAGUCAUUCUGUAUUUGGGAUUCUUCUAUGUACACCUGACUCUAUUGCACCGUAGUGGACCACAUGACCAGAUGAUGAGCAGUGCUUUUCAGGCUAGUCUAGAGGGAGGCCUGGCGAGGAUCACUCAGGGCCAGCCUCUGGAUGUAGCAUAUGGUUCUCAGGUGACUCUGCGUAGUGUGUCCAGCAAACCCGUUCCGUGCUGGCUUCACUCCCACAAAGCCAACUAUCCUAUAAGGUAUGAAAAUGGACGUGGCAGUUCCCAUCAACAGCAGGUGACAUGCUAUCCUUUCAAAGAUGUUAACAAUUGGUGGAUUAUCAAACAUCCAAGCAGGCAGAGCCUUGUGGUGAACAGUCCCCCUCAACCGGUCCGACAUGGUGAUAUUAUACAGCUGCUGCACGGCAUGACAUCACGGUUUCUCAACACGCAUGAUGUUGCAGCUCCCAUGAGCCCUCACUCUCAGGAAGUGUCUGGUUACAUUGAUUUUAAUGUGUCCAUGCCAGCCCAGAAUCUGUGGAGGGUGGACAUUACAAACCGGGAGUCAGACAGAGACGUGUGGAAGACUAUUCUGUCAGAGGUUCGGCUCAUCCAUGUCAACACGUCUGCUAUACUAAAGAUGAGUGGAGUGUCUCUUCCAGACUGGGGUUUCCAUCAACUGGAGGUGGUGGGAGAUAAGAUCUUUAAAGGCUACCAGCAGAGUGGAAUGUGGAACGUUGAAGAGCAUCGAUAUGGCAGGAGUCAGGAGCAGAGAGAACGAGAACUAGAGCUUAACACUCCCACACACACUGACUUCAGAAGAAAUCUUACAUUUAUGGCCAAGUUUUUGGAGCUGCAGUGGAAGAUGUUGACUCUGAGAAAUGAAGAAUCUGAGCACAAGUACAGCUCCUUACCUCUGGAAUGGAUCACCAUGGACACAAACAUCGCAUACUGGCUUCAUUCAUCAAACAACGCUCAAAUCCAUUUGUUGGGGAACAUAGUUACCUGGACUUUUGCAAACCUGGCUCUUGUCGUGUAUGCAGCCCUGUUUUUAACCUAUUUACUCAGGCGAAGAAGAAAAAUAGAGGACAUUCCUGAAGCCUGUUGGGAGCAGUUGGUGUUGGCUGGUGUGGUGUGUUCUGGAGGAUGGGCAGUUAAUUACUUGCCCUUCUUUCUGAUGGAAAAGACAUUGUUCCUGUACCACUACCUUCCAGCUCUUAUAUUUCAGAUUCUGCAGAUACCUGUGGUUGUGGAACACUUGUACACUUACACACUGAGAUCUCCCACUCAUCAAAAGGCGUUUGGUGGAGUAAUCCUGGCAACUUUGUGCUCAGUGUAUCUUUGCUAUCAUACCUUCAGCCCCCUCACAUAUGGCCAGCCAGAGCUAACUUCAGAGCAGCUGCGCACACUGCGCUGGAGAGAGAGCUGGGAUAUUCUUCUACGAAAGCGAUGA